CUGCUACAUAAUACUGUUUUUCUUUUUUAUUUUUCUAUACAAUUAUUAUUUUAAAAUUCAACAACAAAUUAUAUCAAGAAUAGAUUAUCAUAAAAGUAUUUUGAAUACUACUGGAAACAAGAAAAACCACAUUAAAAUUAUAAACAUGGAGUCCAAACUCAACUACAUAAAUUCUAAUAUCGGACUUCAGACCAUACCUCGGCAAUAAGUGAGAAUGGACUCGACCGGCGCACUUUUUCGUUCCCCACUUGCUAGUACAUGAAGGAACAGAAACGGCUAAACGUUGGUUAACAGCUGUGUUGCACGUAGGACGCCGAUUUUGUGAGCGGUAUAGUUCCGGUCGAUUCUCGAUUUUGACAUAGAAGCACUAGCUUUUCGUCGAUUUACAUGUGAACGUGAAUUAGUAUUGCAACCUUAAACUAUAUAGAAACGGAUUUGUUUUGUUCAGUUCGCAUGUUCAUUCUUGGUUGUGUUUCUACUGAAUAGUGUUCUUGCACGUGUUAAUCUGAUCAAUAAAAUCUUACACAAUAAUAAUUCUGAAGAAAUGUGUGUGAUUUUACUAUUAAAAAUGGCUGCCAAUUGAAGAUUAUUGCUUUAUAAAGACAAUGAGUAUUAAAAAAUAUGGACUUACUUCACCGGCCGGAAAAAGCCGGUAGCACAAAAUGGACGCUGUUAUUUCUUUUAAUUGCGGGGAUAUCAGCGACUCACACACGUCACGGAGAUGGCUUUCUGAGUCAACGUUUUACAAGGACAAUUCCAUCGGCAAACUGUCGUCUUAUGAGAACGAAUACAUUACAAUGUCGCAACAGAACUAUGGAAAAUUUGUAUAUAGGAACGGAUGUUGUUUAUUUGGAUUUGGAGUACGUGAUCGGUGGGAGUUUGGACGUAAAAAACAUCCGACAUUUGCGAUGGGUUUUCAGCUCCUUAACCGUUAUCAACAACGUGGUUAUUAAUCCUGAAAAUCUCAUAACUCUAGAUUUGUCUUUCAAUAAUAUAACAGUUUUGGAAAACUACCAAUUCCAUAAUUACACCCAUUUAACUCGAGCAAAUUUAUCUCACAAUAUUAUCGAUUAUCUUCCCAGAGAUGUCUUCAAAUCCCACAUCAAAUUGGAAGUGUUGUGUCUCUCCCACAACAACCUCAAAGCAAUACCUUUCCAAGCUUUCUCUUUUAUUGAAAGCUUAAAAGAAUUAGAUUUAUCUCACAAUAAACUCGUCACGUUUUUGGAUCAUUUUUUCAAAUUCAACAAAUACAUCGAAGUACUGUUACUCAAUAACAACAAUCUUACGAAAAUCACUUCUAAUAGCUUCGCUGAUUUGACUGAUCUCAAAAGACUCGAUUUAUCUCACAAUUCUUUAACAUUUAUCUCGAGAGGCUUGUUCGAUUCGCUUUCUCAUUUACAGUACUUAAAUUUGGCGAGCAAUCCACUGAUGAAUAUGGCUAGUGGCACAUUUAGGGGGUUAAGCAAUUUGAGAAUAUUGAAUUUGAGCGAUAAUAGAUUAACCCAAUUGACGUUCGGUCUAUUGCAUUUUAGUCCGCUUUUAUCUUCUAUUAGUAUAGAUAAUACUUUGAUCGAAGUGAUACACAACACGGAAUUACUGGGUGUACCUAAAUUGAAUAUACUGACUUUGAAAAGAAAUAAAAAACUUAAAUUCAUAGAAACCUACGUUUUUGCUGAUACGCCUGUUCUAAGCGAAUUAGACAUUAGUGGCUGCAAUUUGACGUUUCUUCCGCAAUCUAUUGCGAAUUUAACUUAUUUAACUAAAUUGAAUAUUAGUGACAAUCCAUGGGCUUGCGAUUGUCGAAUGUUUUGGUUUGCUCGAUGGGCAGCCAUAAAAAAAGGCAACGUACUCAUGUCUGAUUUAACUUGUGGUCCUGACGCUUAUCCGGACGAUAUGUUGCCUACAUUGGACCAUUUAAACUGCACAUCUCCUACAAUAAUACAUAAGACUCCAACCAGACUGUAUAGACUAAAAUCAGACGCCUUACUGGAGUGUAGGUACGCAGCAAAUCCUCCCCCUUCUAUAACUUGGGUUACACCUAGAAGGGAAGUAUAUCAUUGGAAUCCGGAUCCAAGUAUUCCGGAUACGUUUUAUAAGCACCCUCACGCUCACGAUCAAUUGAUGACUCCUUUAAGAAUUAUUCCACCCCGAAUCCAGGUACUCGAUAACGGCACCCUUUGGAUUAAAAAUGUCACCAGAGAAGACUGCGGACGAUAUACAUGUUAUGCCAGUAAUCCUAUCGCCAAUCAAACAGACGAUGUACUGCUCCACAUCGACCCCGCUGAUUGGAACCGAGUACGUGUUAUCUCGUUGAUUGUUGGUACGCAAAGUGCCGGAGGAUUUCUUGGAUUGACUUUAUUUAUACAGUUCCUAAGAUAUUUAAUGAAUAAGUUUGGUGUUUUCAAUAACUUUUGCAGUUUUUGUAAACGGGAUAAAGUAUCCCCAAGAGCUCGACAGAUAUAUGCCAUGCUCGAUAAUAUCGAACAGUACAAGAGCCAACAGCUUGAGAAACUUAGAGAAAAUUAUGCACUGCAGGUAACGAGAAUCAAAGACAAUUGCGCUCAACAAAUGGAUUGGAUACAAAACAGCUACCAAUCUCAAGCAAAACAUUUGAAAGACUUUAGAGAUAUCGGUACCGCACACCUGACCACCUUGAGAGAUCAAUAUUGCGAUCAGGUGAAAAAGGUGCGAGAUUACUCAACAGGUCAACUUAAUUGGGUCCGAGAAAACUACGUCUUCCAGAGGAACAAAAUUCGUAAAUUCAGUUCACAUAAGGUGUUGCAGUUAAGAGAAACUUACAAGUACCAACAACAGACCCUUAACAAAGUAUUGGAGAACUUGCCCAGUUUGUAUUUUGAGAAUUGUAGAGCUGGAACUUGUGGUCGCGCCGAAUCUCUAGUAUUUGAUCCUCAAGAAGCUGAGAGCAUAGACUGCUAUAUAAAGAGCAAAAUAGAAAAACUUGCUAAUUUAGAUGCCAGCACUACAGAUCUAACUCAAAGUAGAAUGUCAUUGUACUACACACCUUCAGAAAGGUCAUCUGUUCACAAAUCUCCUACUGAAAUAUCACCAUCAAUUUACAUCAAUUACAUAGAAGAUCCGCCUAGAGGUUUUCUCAUGAUGGAAGAGCCCACCACGUCUGGAUACAGAAAAAUCGGUUUCGUUGAAAGUGUUUUAUCGGAUCACAGUUGUGACGAUUUACUUCAAAGAGAACUAAAGGAAUCUGAAAUAGUAUCGAAUCCUAAUUUACCAAGCACAUCGGGUUUAGCUCCACCGAUAAAUCAAACAAUACAACACGAAACAUCUUUAUAGAGAAUUCAACAUAAUAAUAAGUUUGUAAAGUUUACUGGAGAAUAAAACAUUCUACUUAAGAUAAUGAAUUAAAUUUAAAAUUGUUGAUAAUAGUUACAGCGAUUUAAUAAUCCCAAUCCAAAAAACGAUUGACAACCCGAAAAAUGACGUGUUUAUUGUAGCAGCAAAUUUCACUCGUUUUCAUUUCUCUAUCUGAAAAAAUUUCUGUGAUACGAGCCGCAGUUGUUGUGUAUAAACUGCCUGACUUAGUGCCAAUCUAGAAGCUGUUGAGCUGGACUAAUUUUCUUUCAGAAUUUUAAACGAAUUGCCAAAAGACUUAUUUUAAUUGUAAAGUGCAAGUGAUGUUAAUUUUCAUGUUAGUGUAAGUAAGUUAAUUAUUAUUACUAGUCAUAUUUUUUGGUAAGACUGAAUGUUUUCCUUUAACAGGACAUGUAGGUAUUUCAGGAAUCCUAUAUUACUGUGAUUGGUACCCUACAUUGUCUUUAACAACGAUUAUCAUUUUUUUAUUUAAAUUUUCAAUUUUUUUCAUUACAUGUAGUUGUUGCAUUUAAAUUGUAUGUAGGUAAUGGUUUUCAAUCUUCAAAUUUAUACUAAUCUUAUUAGAAAUAAUUAAGAAUCAUAUCUAUAUGUUUUCAUUUGCCAAACCUCCUGACAUUAGGACACGAAUUUAGUCAAUUUGUCUGUCCAUCUUCUUGGAUAUUGGUAAUCAGUUGGAACUUUUCAAUGAGCAAAAUAUAAUCACACAACCUAUCAGCGGUCCAUUAGCUUCAAAUAAUCUAACUAUUUAACGUCGAUUUUGGAAAUGCUUUGUUCUAUCCUCUAUUCACUAUUUCACAGGAAGAUGGGACAAAAUAUUUUCAUCACUUUACUGUUUCCCUUGGCCCACAGUAAAUUCAAAGUUUAGCAAAAAAAUAUUCAAGUAUGUAUUGAUGAGUUAUAGAAACCAAAUCAAUUUAAAAUAGAAAAUUUUUGCAUUAUUGCGGAAUUCAAGCUGUAUUUAUGUAAAUAAUAACGUUAUUUAGUUUUUCAUUAUAAAAUAAUAAUUUAAUUAAGUGAAUUGUCACAGGAAAAAAAUAUUCUUCAAUAGAACACUGAAGACUUAAGCUACUUCAAUAUCAAUAAAUUUAUGUUGGAGGUCAAUAUAUGAAUAACUCAAAUUUCAAACAUAUUCUCGAAACAAAUUCAUUUCUAAUAAGAUUGGUGCUGGGGUCCUUUUGGCAUGCUUAGUAGAAUCAAAAGCUACCCUUAUAGGUAACACUUACUGGCAAAAGGUUUAUAGUAUUUUUUUCAUCAUUAAGACUAAUUUUGAUAAUGUCAUUUUAAUUUAAUAUGAAAUUAAUCAUAAAAAUAGUUGAUGAGUUGAUGAUGUAGUCUUGAAAGUGAAAAAUUAAAUAGUCCUCUAGAAUAGGAAUAUAAAAUUUUGUAUUAUUAUUAAAAAUGGGGAGGAUUUGUUGGCCUAAUUGCCUAGGUAAUCCUUUUGCAGUCCCCUUGGUAGCCCAUGUAGAUUCUCUAGAAUUGGAGAACUCUCCGGCCGUCACAAAUUUUGAGGCAAAAUUUUCUUUCUCCAUUCCACAGAUCGGAUUCCUUGUCUGUAUUAGAUCUCUAAAAUCGGCUUCCAUGUGCCUACUAGAGUCUUUGGGUUCUUUCUUCCUACCAUCAGUAUUUCCGACACUCAGUCUGAGAGGUUCUCGUCACUUAUAAAGGUUUUGGCCUAUCUACAACCAAAUUACUGAAGCCACGCAUCUUUGCUUUUUUCUUUCCUAUAGUUUAAGGUGUUCCGUAAUGUACAAGUAGAUGAUUUCCACUGCAGGUUCGGAUCUUAUGAGUGAUUGAGUAGCUCCAAAAUUUACCGGGUCAUCUGUAACUUGACCGCCCUUUAGUUUUCCUGCUCAUUCAGUGCCUUUCACAAACAGCUUUGAUUCUGUGGUCGUGCUUUACAGUAGUUCCGUUUCAUUGUUUGUGCAAAUAAGGACAUUAAUAUGGUUAUUAUCGUGAGCAGCAACCUGAGCCGAUAAGGAUGGCCACCAGUUCGGUCUGCUUAUUAGAAACGUUCCUUCCUAGGGAAAAGAUGUGUCCUCCAUGCUUGUGUAAUUCUGGUCCAUCCAGCUCGCGUUUUUUUUUAUCCAUCCGAGUAGUUGGUGUUAAUAUCUGAAGGCAAGUUGGCCUUAUUUUGAUCCUAUAUCCCUUUACCCCCGAAGGCCAAAAUGAUUAGCUCGGUAUUCCACGAUAGUCGUGGAACCUUGGUUUCGCGUGAUACAUUAAGUUUGAAAAAGAUCUAUAUUCAUUGGGUUCACACAAGCCAAAAUGGAGGACUGCCGUGCAGGUUCGCCGCUACCAUCCUGAAUUCAACCAGAGUUUGCGUUCUGGGUUUCGGAUUUGAUUAGGAUGCGAUUCAUACGCGCGCUAAUGAAACUGGGUAUAUAAAUAGUUAAAUAAAUUCACAUUAUUAUGUUAUGUAAAACAUAAGAACCAAAAAAACAUUUACCAACAAAUAAUUUAAAUACGAGUUUGAAGAUUGUAUUUUCUCCUGAAAAGUCUCAAACUUUCGUCAUUUGGGAUAUGAUCAUCAAAGGAGUGUUCAGAAAUAUCAAACAACUUGAACAAUCCAUCUGGAGGUUUUCAACAUUCAACCACUCCAGCUCAUCCUUUUAUCAGAAUUACUCUUUUUGCUUGAAGAAGAAGAUGGUUUGGAACAUGUGGAAAUAAGCAUCCAUGAUAAUGGAUCCAAGUUCCAAAGAGACUUUGCUAAUUUGUUAAUCAUUCCAUCUCAGUAAUUGGAUUAAAUUCUGAUAACUGAGAGUUUCAAGAGUGUCGAUGAUUUUUCAUAUCAUAUAACUUCUAUAUACCUAUUUUCUAUUCGCAUUCAAAUACCUAUAGGUUGACAAGUUGUGUGGUAAAAUAAUCAAUAAGUUCGUGGGUACGGGUAUUUAAACGAGGCAAAAAAGUCGAUUGUGAAAAAAUUAGUUUAUGCUUCCAAAAAAAAUAUAGACCCUAAACGAUAGAAUAUAGGAAUAAUAUGUUAUCAUUAUUUCGUAAGUAUAAGAAGGGUAUCAUAAUCCUUGUUUAUCAAUUACACAGAAAACGCGUAAUGUGUAGAAAAUAACACUUUUCUCAAUGUACAUUUUUAUAUAAUGCAGCACCCCACCGACAUGUAUGAAUAUUUCUAUCAACACAACUAUAGAUGAAAAUUUUUAAAUAAAAAUAACUAAACUAUUUUUUAUUAAAUAUCUAUGAUUUAUAAGAUCGAGAACUGUUAAAUAGUGUCAUUUAAUAAAAAUGUAUUGAAUCAAA